GAGUAUCGGCAUGAUUAUAUAGCAGCUGGCAGCUGAUAGUCGUGGCGGUCCUACAUACGGUCUUAUAAGCUUAUAAUCGAUACCCACAGUCAGGCAACCCGUCCAUCAUAAUAGCCAAGAGCCUGACAUCCUGUCAAUUACGUCACCGAGAAGAUAUUCUGAAGUGAAUUCCCUCAAAAUGUCGGACGAUAGACCUGGAAGAGCUCGGUCGCAAACGACCCCUACACCACGGAUGGGCUUGUACCGAAUGAUCACUCCGAUCGAUCACAUCGACGGCUUGACCAUCGACGAGCACGAUCACAAUCCCUCGGAAACUCCGGCAGGGACGCCUCGAACGAGCUUGACUUUGGUCAACGGGGUUGAAGGGGGAUUUGGACAGCCGAUCGGAGAGAGUGGCAUUGGAACCAAGAGACGGAUCGAGCCCGUCUUUGAGGAAGGUCACGAGACCGAAGUUGGCUCUCCUGACAGCCAUGAUCAGGUCUUGCGGGAAAAGUUGUCCGCGUCGCAAGCACAACGCCCUGAUCAGAGCUUGUCGAAACGAGAAACCUUUAGCCGAGACAAGGAGCAGUCGAAACCUCAAUCACGCAGGCAAUCGUUGACGAGGAAGAUCACGGGGACAUUGAGACCCUCCGCUUCGAGGUUGAGCGAAGACCAGGGUCAGGGGGUCUCUCCGGAAGAGAGGAAAUGGAAAGACGAUAUCGUCACUUUCGACAGCAAGACGGAUCCUGCCAAUCCCAAAAAUUGGAGCUUUCGGCGAAAACUGCUCACAACAGGUCUAUACGGACUGACUACCAUGUCAUCAACUUUCGCCAGUUCGAUCUUUUCCAGCGCUGGGCGUUACUACGGGGAAGAAUUUGGGUUGUCAACGGAGACGACCGUACUGGGGGUAUCGUUGUUCAUCCUCGGUUAUGUCCCUGGACCUCUCAUAUGGGCACCAGUAUCAGAAGAAUACGGAAGGAGAUUCUCGAUUCUCGGUCCGGUCUUUAUCUUCGCUUGUUUUACCGCGGCAACGGCUGUAGCGAAGGAUCCGCAGACAAUAUUUGUUACCCGGUUCUUUCAAGGCUUGUUUGCCUCGGCACCUGUCACAACGGUAGGAGGAGGACUUGCCGAUAUGUGGGAUCAGAAGGAGAGGGGUUCGGCCGUGGUGUUUUACAGUCUCGCCGUGGUAGCAGGACCUACCUUAGGACCGAUCAUCGGUGGUGCCGCCGCUCAAAGCUAUCUCGGAUGGCGAUGGACGGAAUGGCUCAGUCUCAUCCUCACCUGCCUCGUGCUCGUACUCGACAUCAUCUUCCUCCCAGAGACGUUCGCUGCCGUGAUCCUCACCCGGAAAGCCGCACGACUGAGAAGAUCGACAAAGAGAUGGGCUUUGCAUUCGAAACACGAGGAAAGGGAAAGGGAUCUGGUCAAAUUCUUGGAGAACAAUCUGACUUUACCGCUGAGGAUGAUUGCAACCGAGCCAAUGGUCACCUGUAUCACCUUGUACAACUCGUUUACGUAUGGAAUCCUCUACAUGUUGUUUGGUGCCAUUCCGGUGAUCUACCAAGACAAUCGAGGUUGGAACUCUCUUGUUGGAGCCUUGCCUUUCUUGGGAGUUUUGGUGGGAUGUUUCAUCGCAGCCGCUAUCAAUAUCGCCUGGUCGACAUUCGUUUUCGGUCCGCAUCUCGAGCGUAACGGCGGUCGCGCCAGACCCGAAAUGCGUCUUCCCCCGAUGAUGCUCGGUUCGAUCUUGUUUCCUUCCGGUUUCUUCCUGGCUGGCUGGACAUCGAACCCGAGCAUUCACUGGUUCCCAUCCGUACUGGGUUUCACAUUGAUAGGGGUUUCUUUCCUGCUCAUCUUCCAGUCGGGCUUGAACUACCUCAUCGAUUCUUAUACAAAAUUAGCGGCAAGCACCGUUGCGAGCAAUACCUUUUUGCGAUCUAUCUUUGCCGUAGGGUUACCCUUUGCCGUGGCACCCAUGUUCCGUAAUCUCGGAGUCGCAUGGGCAUGUUCGACGCUGGGCUUUAUCGCCCUCGUGUUAGGCGCCUUCCCCUUUGUCUUCUAUGUCUACGGUCCUAAACUGCGUGCGAGGUCUACUUUAAUAGAGUCAUUUGAUUAGAGAAGGUCUCAAACUGUAUCAGGUAGUCGCCCAAACUGUAUCCAACAUUGUGUCGCCACGGACGUUUCAGAGAUCAAAGAUGCGGUACAGGUGUGAUAAGAGUAGUUUAGCG